GCCCGCCCCGCCUGAUCUCGCGAGAGCCGAGCGCUAUUUAGUCUCGGAGGCGGCCAUCGCGCGCCCUUUGCGGAGACGAAGCGUAAGGGCAGAUUAAAACAUGAGUGAUACAGAUGAAUCCCACGCUUCUGGUUCUGAUUAUCCUGAUGCCCAAGAUCUCAUAUUCACUCAGAGGAAAAAAAGAUCUGAGGUACCUGAGCGUGCAGCAAGUGCACAAAAGGAACAUUUGGGCUCGAGGCAGAAGGGUGCCAGUCCUGAGGAGUCUUCGGAUGAGAUCAGUAGUACAGAUACGUCUUCAGAUGAGGUGGAUAGCAGUGAUUCAGAAAUUGAUGUUCCAGCUGCUAGUGGCAGCAAGCACCAUAGGAAGCACUCUGUUGUACCUUCAAAGCGAAAGAGGAGAUUGCAGGCUUCAAAGCAACAAGCAGAAGCUGAUGCAGGAGUGCCUGGCGGUGAAAGUUCUGAUUCUUCUCUGCCCACUCAGAGCCCAGUGAGGCCACCUGAAGCCUCCCAAGAGAAGAAAUCUAAGCUCAAUUUGAAAGCCAUUUUUGCCUAUCACUUCAGAGGAAGGAAGUUUAAAGCUGCUGCACACCGAAAAUACCGGAGCAGUGGUUCACGGAAGAUAAAUAGAGCCUCUGGGUGCACACGGAGGCGUGGUAAGAAGAAGCCCAUGACAGCCUCACCUCAGGAGCGAAGGAAAAGGCUUAAGGAUCGAGGCUUUCAGUUCCCUUUUGUUGAAAAACAUUAUGGGAGAAAACAUAUUCCCUUAAAGAUGGUUCUUAGCUAUGAGCAAGCAGCUGCAAAAGGGUAUUUCCAAUAUGUUGAAAUGCUCAAAUAUGAAGAUCACCUCAAAAAGGCUUUGAAAGCCCUUGAAGCCAGUGAAGACUUAGAAAGAGAAUGCCUGGUAGUGCGGAAACACAAAUAUUUAGAUGACGAAGGCCCCCUUUCUCCUAUCCAGGAGACAAAUGAUGAUGAUAAUAACUGCGUGUGCUCUGAUAAUCCAGAAGACUUUGAUGUCAGAGUAGUGGACAACAGCUGUUUCAUCAUAAGCAGCAAAAUUCCCAACAAGAAGAAAUCGAAGGCCGAAACAAAGCGAGCAAAGUCAGCUGGAGUGGUGGAAGUAAAGAAGAGUGCUGCUGCUAACUGAACAUUUGUGUGGUUCUCUUUGGUUGAACAGAACAUGAACGAAUAAGGUGGCAGCAGUCACUUCUCAGAGACCUUAUUGAGGUCUGCUUGGCUUAAAAUGUUGGUCUGAAGUCAGCGUUGAGCUGUCAGCCAGAAAACCUCAUCAGAAUCAAUUUAAGUUUGUUGCUUUUGGAUGGUGAAUAUUGAUCAGCUGCUGUGAGAGGGAGCCUGGAGGUACAGCUACACCAGUAAUGACAACGAGCAUGUUUCCCUGUAUGAGGAUCAAACUGGAGCAUCUGCUUUCAGCGUUUGUUGUAGUAAAGGUACUGGAGUACAUAAUGUGUCAACUUGACACAGUGUAAAUUGUUCUUACAACAGUAUCUGAUAGUAAUACUGAGCUUGUUGCACCUGUUAGUAGUCCACGUCAUACCUGUCUCUUAAAAACAGGAAGCCCAGUAAUGGAUGGUGAAAGUUAAUGGAGUAAGUAUACAGUUGAUUGAGAAAUAACUUCAUUUUUGUGUGGUCUUCAAAUGCUGUUUCAGAGGCAUGAAAAAUAACAGAGCAGGCGCAUUCAGUUUCAGCACAUGUUCAGUUUUUGUCUGGUGCUGUAGACAAAAACCUGGAACCUGGUGCUUAGAAAAAACCCUUCUUUCGCAACCCACAGCCGAUGCGUGUAUUGGUUGUGUUACUUACAUGAAGGGACACUGCUUAUAUUUAUUCAAGCAGCAAUUAAUCCAAAGGGCAUGUUUCGUAUUGCAUGUGCAGAAAUGUUGUGCAGUUGCUUUGUUUCCUUCACAGAAUUUUUCCAGCUCUGUAGCACUGAGCUAUUGUAACUGUUUUGAUCUGCUUGAAUUCUUACAGCUGGUGCACAAAUCUGUUACUUCUGUGCUGUCCUGUGGAACACACGGGUUAAGGAGGUAUGCUUUGUUUCCGCUGUGUUUUGGCGUGAGAGAACUUGAGUCUUUGCCUUCUCAGAGAGGCUUUGGUGGAGCUUGUCAAACACAGCAGUGGGAACUGUUGGACAAGUUGUUAAGUGAUAAAAGUGCAUUUAAGUUGACCUGGUUCUUUAAUGUUUCUUGAAGUAAAGGAAUUUUUGAGGAAGCUUUUUUGCCUGUGGGGAGGUUGUGCUGUGAGGACUGAAGGCUUAGCUGUUUUUUUUUUUUGUUUUUUUUUCUUAAAUAAAUAUUUCAUUUGGAAAGGCAAAAGCAGAAGGCAGCUGGUGAUGUGUCCAUGUUGGAGUUAAUGGGUUGGGCUUUAAAACAAACUGUUCAGCAGGUUUAGUGAAGAGUUGAUUGUUGCGCCUUGUUAUUCAGCAGGCAGACAAUUCUGUGUGUGUCUCAACUGAACAACGGGGCCAGAAGAGCAACAGGUUGUGCUUUCCUCACUGUAACACCCAUUGCAGUGGUGACAAUGAGACCUGUAACAGGCUUACAUACUGAGAGAAUUGUGCAAACACGGUUCAAAAUGUGGUUACUCUUAAAUUCUGACGGAUUGACAUGUGUGGUGUUGUGAAUUCUUGAAUUCAUAGAAUCACAGGGUUGGAAGAGACCCACAAGAUCAUCCCAUCCAACCAUCCUCCUAUCAGCAUUACUAUCCACUAAGGUACUAAACAAUAUCUUGCAGCAUUCUGCAUCCUGCUGGCUGUGGGAAGUGGAAGAAAAACACACAGUACUGCAUUCUGUAAAUAGUUUAUCAGAGCACUCUUGGAAGCUGUCUUGUAGUUGCUUCACACUGCAGUGCAGCUGAUGUAGGUAACACGCUCACAUACAUCUUCUGUGCCAUAGUGCUUUGAUUUCUUAAGUGUGGGUAGAUUUUGUUUGUAGUUUUGUGACAGACUUUGAUUUGAAGUGCUGCGUGUUCAGUGUAAGAGUGCUUGAAUCUUGAAGUUACUAAAAUGCUGAAGAAACUUAGAAGUGUUAAUCAGUACUGUAAUCUGCUCUUUUCAGCAAGCCCACCUGACGAUGCAGACUGGAGGACUACCUUGGUGGCAGGUGGUAUGAGGAAAUGAGAGAAGAAGUGCAGAAAGCCACUUGACAGAGACGGAGCUCCCCUAUAGGUUAGUGUGCCCUCUGAGCUUCUGCAGAUGCAUCAGUGUUUGAGGGGCUCCGGUUUUCAGUGGCUGGAGCUGUUCACCAGGUGAAGCUCAGUGCCUUUUGGAGUGUUGCAGGGGCAUAACUCAACAUAUGUUAGGAUAUUUUAAAGUAAUAUUCCCUUUCAGUCUGUUAAGGGAAGACUUCUUUAACUCUGGUUUAUCCCAAGAAAGAUCUCAGUCUGAAAUGAAGUGACGAGGUCAACUUCAUAAACUCGGGCUUCACUUUAAAAGUAAAUGAGUACUAAGGGAAGUUAGGAGUGUUUGAAUAAAUGUUGUAGUUAAUUCCCAUCGUUUUAUACUGCUCAUGUUCAUGUAAUACUGUUCGUGUAAUCGUAGCUUUUAACAUUAAACUGAUGUGGAGUUAUUACUGCAUCUUCCAAAUGAAAUGGUAGUGUAACACUGCACUCCUUUUUCCCACAAAUCAUGACAGAAGUAAGAAGGCACUUUGUAGGAACUGUAUAAGAUGCUUUUCCAGUCUGUUUGAUUUUUGUUGGUUGGUUUAUGGUCACAGAAACAUUGAGGUCUAUCCCGAUAGGAUCUCUUCUGUAGGUUCAUGUCGUUGGAAACGCCUCACAGAACAAACUUGUGGUUUAGUUUCACCCUUGGAGCUACCUGUUAGCUCUGUGGGAUAGAACUGCAAGACAAAUCUUCAUGUACCAUUUUAGGAAUGGAAGUAACAUGUCAUGUUCUCCCUCAGGUGCUGGCUCAUGAAUUUGAUAUAGAUGAAAAAAAAUUCAAAUGGAAAAGCUUGGUAAGAGUGAAAAAGAGCAUGUUCUGAGAUAUAAAAUGUAACUAACGUUCAAUUGCGUGAGUUGAACUUGCUCAGCCAGAUGUCUGUGAAGGUGCCAGACCUCUUUGUGUUUUUUUCUGGUUGGCUUGAAGCAGGCUCUUCCCUCUUCAAUCUAAAAAUGAUUUACUGUUCCUUGUGGUGCCUGUAAGUUUAAAUUAGAAAGUCCAGCCCUCUAAUGUCUGUCCAGUCUUAAAGUAACUCGAUGAGCAUGCUGGAUUUUUGCUCUGCUAUGUAAUUCAGCAAUGCUGCUUUUCUCUUGUUAAGCUUCAAAGAUUUAAAGUCUGAGUUAAUUUCUGAGCCUGGUACAGUGUUAGAACUCCUGGGUUACAUGGAGCAUAGUGCUGUUCCACAGACCAUAGCUUGAAGUAAAAGGACAAUACUCAUAAGCCCAUUGUGCUGGCAAUAUAAAGAAUACUUGAAAGAAUAAUGAGGCUGCUGAAAUUGAUGGAAUUUCUUUUCUCUCUUAGCACGGCAACUUCUGUGAGAUUGGUACUUCAUUUUGGCUUCUCUCUAACUGGUGUCUGCAGAGCUUGAACAUUAAUGUGCAUUUGUUGAUUGAGGACUGUUGCACUGAAUGGUAUCUGCACCCAGCAGCAUUCUUCUGAUGGGGUGUUCAAAAAUCAGUGCUACAGUAGUUCAGCAUUUGGCAUCGUUGGUUUUCACUCUGCUGUGGUUGUUAAACCUGGUAUUCUUGCUGAUACAGGCUUUGUCCUCUUCAAGCAUUUGAGCACAGUCCUUUUGUGUUGGGCAGGACUUGUCAGUGUGAGAGCUGACCGCUGGUUCUCCCUGGUGUGUUCAGUUUGUUUCUUUAAACAGGUGCCUUAUGGUACAGAGCAGUCAGUUGGCUGUGUGAAUGGAUUUCUGUGGAAGAGGAAACAGCCUGUUGGACAGGUGUGCCUUUGUGUACCAGAGUGCUGCUGUCACUGAAUGUUGGGGUUAUGAAGCUGUACCUGAGUGCUGCCACAGCAACUCUGUAGGUCCUGAUGUGAUGUUGCUGCAAGUCUUGCAAGAAAGAAAAGCUCUUAAAUGCUCUUAAACACUCCUCUAUUUCUUGUAAUAAUUGAGAAUUUUAAAUAUUUUAACUUCAUUGCCCUGUAAGUUGAAGUAGUGGAUCAAAGUGUGGCUGUAAGCAGGGAAGGAUUAUCAACUGUGUUCAAACUGUUCCAAGUGGGAAGAUGGGGCUGUUUACUUCAUACAGAAAGUAACAUUCAAAUAAAACUGCUUGAAAGAA